GGUCGUUGUCAAUUCGUUUGUUUACGUUGAAGGAGCCAAAAAAAAUGAACCGUUUUCUGGUUGUAGCUGUUAAAAGACAGACGUGUAAAGGUUGAACAAAUAAAUAUGGAAUCUCGGAGCUUUUAUUAAAUAUAUUUUAACCUCGCAGUCAGAUGGAUUUCUGCAGGAAACAAGUGAAAACGGACUGCGAGGAGCUGCUGAGCCGCUUCCAGAAAACAGACUCGGUCCGCUUCGAGGUUUUCUCCAAAAUAUGGAGAGAGAUGAAGUUCUCAGAGAUUUUCUACGGCACAACGAAGCCGGAGGAGCGGCCGUUCAGCCGUCUGGUUCUGGACGUGGCCUCCAGCUUCUUCCUGCCUCCGUUCAGCUUCCAGAUCCGAGUGGGGGGACUUUACCUGCUGUACAGUCUGUACCACUGCCAGACCACCUCGCCCUCAGAGCAGAUCCGCCUGGCGCUGAAGGACUGGGAGGACGUGGAGAAGUUUGAGAGAGACGCUGUGGACGCUCAGCACUUCGACGUCGUCUACAUCCUACGAAAACUGAUGUGCUGCAAAGCUUUCCAGUUCACUGCCAUGCCUUCUCUGCUCGCCUACAAGAAGAAGAGGAAAGUGGAGGUGGCAGCGAUGCGCGAGGAGUUCAUGGAGCGAGCGUCUCGUCCUCAGGAGCUGAUCAACGUGGAGCUGCUGGAGGAGUUGUCCAACGUUCACGAGCUCUACGAGAAGAUGAAAACCACCGUGUGUGAGACGUCGCCGGCGGCCGAUCGCUCCGUCAACCUGAUCCGCAAGAACCUCGUCCCUCAGCUCCGCAGCACCGUGAUGAACUUCUACACGUGGCAGAAGAGAAAGGAACCCAUCGAUGAAGCUGAAGACAGCGGCGAGGGGACGUCCUCUCGGCAGGAGAGCUCCCAAAGAGCCGGCCUCCUCGCCUCCAUCAAGUCUAAGGCGUACGGACAAGCAGCGGAGAUCUCGAAGUCGAGGCGUCAUCGGCAGGUGGAGGUGGAUUUUACCAGUAACGAGGCCGGACCCAACAACGAGCCACGUCUCUCCAGAAUAAUCAGACCGUCGCUCAAAUCCAGAACCAAUGAGAGCGUCUAUAUCUCAGGCGACCUGCAGAAAGAAGCAACAACGAGCACUCACAUCCAUCGUCUGGUCACGCUGGACUCUGACCAGGAAGAAAAACCAAAAACAUACAAAAGAUUCAAGUGGUGAUGAGAAGAAAAUGCUGGAGGCUGAUGCUGCUGUUUUAUGGACGUUUGGUUUAUGUUUUAUUCCUUUUCAGAUUAUCAUCAGACUCUAUGAUGGUCUGAAACUAAAUGUUGUUUUUUAGAUUUUUAACAUGUAUUAUUUUAUUUAUGGAGCAGAACUUCAGGUUUCUGUUGAAAAAUCUCUGGUAAACUUUGCCUACAACAACAAAACAAAACAAAACAUGAAUGUAAUGUGAACUUUUUCCUCAUAAAGCUGAUGUACAGCUUCAUUUCUGAUACGUUACGACCUCCUCCUGAGCUUCGGCUUUUCUGCUCCUGUUUAAAUACCUUUAAAUGCCCGACCAGAGAAAAAGGCUGCACGCUUCUAAUAUUUUGUUGGAUUACUUUGAUUACAUUCUUCGGGCAUUGUGUUCACCCAUCUCAAACAGAUCGACAUCUUUUCCACCACCAUGAGAUGUGUCUUUCCACAUGGAUGUUUAAGAAAUGAGCCCAUGUAAUAAUUAUCCAGCUGGAGGCUCGUACCUAUUUGCUUAAUUAAAUGCAUGGGGCGACUUUUUAUUUUGGCCUGGCAGUGUAUUUUAUCACGGUUUUAUAUAUGUGUAUGUAUAUAUGUAUAUAAAAAAAAGUUUUUUUACUGCU